UGGUAGUCACUACUGUAGUCGUUUCAGUCGUAUGCUCGCGUUCGACGGUAACAGAUGUGACCCAAUGUUUCUCCCAACAAGUGUUAGGGAAUCAAAAACACAACCAGCAGCAGUCAGUGGUAGAGUGCAUUCACUACCUACGUAGCUAUCUACAGUAGUGUCGUGUCCCCUCAAUCGGUGUGAAGACAUAGACAACGGCAGUUUGAACUUUUUUUUUUUGGUGUGUUGACCGUAGCCGUAGAUUGUUCUGAGCUACUGAAUCUGUGUGAGGUGACCGGUCCGCGUGCAAUUCACGAGUGUACAUUUCUCCCGGUAGUCUGUGCACCAAUUGACUAGACUUCGACUUCAGCCAGUCCGAGUAGUGUUCGUUUUCGUCAAGUCAUGGUGUUGAUAAGUGAGCUGAUAAUCGCCGCCCUGCUGGGCCUCCUAAUCUAUCGCUUCUAUCGGUAUCUGUUCGAGCGACCUUCGGAGAAUUUCCCGCCGGGACCACCGAGGCUGCCCCUGCUGGGAGGCUAUCCGUUCCUGUUGGCCCUGAACUUCAAGCAUUUGCAUAAAGCGGCUGCCAGGCUGUCACAGCUGUACAAGAGCAAGCUGAUUGGUUUGUAUCUUGGACCCCUGCCGGCGGUCAUUGUCAACGAUUACGACACCGUGAAGGAGGUUCUCAGUCGGCCCGAUUUCGAUGGACGUCCGGAUUUGUUCAUGGCAAGAUUGCGAGAUGAGCACUUCCAGCGGAGAGGAAUCUUCUUCACCGACAGCGAAAGCUGGCGAGAACAGCGUCGUUUCUUCCUGAAAACCCUGCACCAUUUUGGCUUUGGACGGCGCAGUCCCGAAGCGGAAGCCGAUACUCAAGCCGGGUUGGAGGACGUGAUCAGUCUGCUUCGGGACGGGCCCAAGUACGAACACGAAAAAGCCCUCGUAGACGACCAAGGAUUUGCCCUAUGUCCGACCGUGUUCUUCGCCGUGUUCUCCAAUGUUCUCCUGAAGAUGAUCGUGGGAGUGCGGCUGGGACGGGAGGAUCAAGCCGUGAUGUUUGAAGUCGGUAAGAAUGCCAUCGCGUUCCAUCGCAACGGAGACGACUACGGUAUGAUGUUGAGUUACAUUCCUUGGAUUCGUCACCUGUUCCCGAAGGCAUCCAAGUACGAUCUGCUGCGGCAGGUCAACCAGAAAGCCAACGCCGUGAUACUCAGCCUGGCUCAGAAGUGUGAGAGCUCGUACGAUGAAAACGAUAUGCGAUGCCUUGUGGAUGCCUACAUCAAGGAGAUGAGAGCAACCGGAAGCAAAGGAACAUCCACCGGAAAGGAUCAAUUCGGAUUCGAAUAUGAUCAACUGGUGAUCGGUUGCGCCGAUUUCCUGGUGCCUCCCUUCUCGGCCAUUCCGGCCAAAAUCUGUCUGAUCCUGGAACGUCUCAUGCAGUAUCCCGAGGUGCAAACCAAAAUGUACCGCGAGUUGAACGAUAUCGUGGGCCUUAACCGUCUUCCCACGUUGGACGAUCGAGCGGAUCUCCCGUACUGCGACGCUGUCAUUCGGGAAGGACUCCGCAUCGAUACCCUGGUACCGUCGGGUAUUCCGCACAUGGCCGUCAACGAUACCGAGCUGAACGGGUACCAAAUCCCCAAGGGAACCGUCAUCAUCAACUCACUGGACUCUAUCCACCACCAGCCGGAACUGUUCCGGGAUCCGGAUUCGUUCAUGCCGGAGCGGUUCUUGAACCAGGACGGCAAGCUUGCCCUCGAUCAGGACAAACCCCUUCCAUUCGGCGCCGGUAAGCGCGUCUGCGCCGGAGAACAGUUCGCACGCAAUUCGCUCUUCCUGGCGGUGACUUCGCUGGUGCAGAACUUCACCUUCCAGCUGCCCGGCGGACGCACCGGACCCGAUCUGGAUGCGCGCAUCACCGGAGUUAUACGCACGACGCCCGACUUCCGGCUAAAGUUUGUGAGCCGUCGCUAAACGUCAGAAUAAGUUUGUGCAACUAACCAUCUAACCUACGGUGUAUCUUUACCAUGACGACGACGUCAGCACAAGAAUCAAUCAUCAUCUCAUCGACCAGUGCGUCUAUCGUAGGAGUAGUAGUAAGCUAAUAAGUCACCACACUUUAUAUCGUGUAAUAAUAGUAUGUAAUAUUUACUGUGUAAUGGAUAAGCUAUUUUAAUGGAACCACAAUAAAGAUUAUAUUUAACCAUA